AUGGAGUAUGAAGAUCAAGUUCAUGAGCCAAAAUACAACUGCCUUCUUUUCGAUGUUGAUGAUACGCUCUAUCCCUAUAGUUCUGGUGUAUCAGCACAGUGCACCCGGAACAUUAAUGAAUAUAUGAUUCAAACUCUAGGCAUUGAAGAGAUCAAAGUUCCAGAAAUGUGCGUGCAACUGUACAAGGAUUAUGGAACAACAAUGGCUGGCCUGAGGGCAAUGGACUACGACUUUGAUUAUGAUGAUUACCAUAGUUAUGUGCACGGGAGAUUGCCUUAUGACAUAUUAAAGCCUGACCCCGUUCUUAGGAAUCUUUUGCAGAGCUUGCCUCUCCGAAAAGUUAUAUUCUCAAAUGCAAAUGACGCCCACGUAGCAAAAGUUCUGAACAUCUUGGGAUUAGAGGACUGCUUUGAAGAGAUUAUAACGUUUGAGAGUUUGAACCCUAAGCACAAUAGCAAUGAAUCUGAGAGGGAUAGUGAAAUCCCGAAGACACCAAUUGUUUGCAAACCAUUUGAAGAAGCUUUUGAACAAGCCUUUAAAAUUGCUGGAAUUGAACCUAAAAAGACGCUGUUCUUCGAUGACUCCAUUCGUAAUCUACAGACUGCUAAACAUAUGGGCCUCGGCACUGUGUGGGUGGGUGCCGCGAAUAGCACAGUAGGCAUUGAUUAUGCUCUAGAGAGCAUUCACAACAUGAAGGAAGCAAUACCAGAGAUAUGGGAAGCUGUUCACAACUCAGAUGUUCACUAUCCUGAGAAGACUCCAAUUGCAGUCAUAUCUUAGAUUUAGUUUUAUACUUAGCUUUAUUCACUGAAAAACAGAUGAACUGUUUUCCUUUUUUACGAGUAACUUUUGUUCUUUUUUUGUAAAUUGCCCCUUCAUAUUUGUGCACAAAGGAUAAAUCAGAAUUACCCCUCAGCUAUAUUACUGUGCAUUUCAUGUGAAGACUAGUAAAUGCUUGUAAGCAGGUGCCUAGGAAUGCAGGUUGGAUUAUUAUUUUGUAAGAAUUGUAAGGUUGUAAGAACUGCAAUAAAUCUGAAUUUUCUUGGCCAUGGCAAUGUAUUGUACACUUCUGUUGUUUCA